CACGCGAUUUUAAUAGAUAAAAGUUCCUUUUCCUCGUUGUGAUUUUAGAAAAACAGUUAUCGAACAACUGUUCUUCCCUCUAUGCCCAUGUCUGUUCCCAUACUGCGAUAUAAACUCCAAAUAUCUUCGUCGAGGGCAACUACGCAACUACGCAUCUAGAAAUGUAGUUAUGAUUUUGCCUAAACUCAGAUGUGGAAGUAAGGGAGGUAAUACAUAAAACUCGACAACAGAGCGAUCUAGCCCGCUGCCCGCCGGUACCACCAAACCACACACAUACGCAUAUCGCUAUCGGAGUCCUCGGGCCUUUUUUAUCUUCUUUGUCCGGUGGCUUUUAACUCCAUCCCGUCUUCCAACCUGGUCUUGUCUUCUCUCGCUCCCGCUUGCUCUCGCCAGCCCGAAUUCGAAGAUACCGAAAUGGCUUCCUGGAGCAUGCCCCUAAGAGAGCAAUACGCGCCCCUAAUCCCCUCGCCCUUGAACCCGUCGAGGCAAGAUACAUCGAAGCGGCGUAGGCGGAUAUACUACCCCCAAGUUGCCAGACGCGAACAGAGCCCGACACAGAUACUACUACGCCGACAGGCGAAAGUAGCGUGGAGAUUGAUGUCCUCGCGUGACGAUGGCACAGCCAUGACUCGCCUGCAAACGGCACGCAAUGCCAAGGCCGUCGCGGUGACAGCGAAGUCCAAAGAAGACUAUUGUCCUAUCGGUACCGUUGCGGAAUACUAUUUACGGGCGGAUUUGGGAUGCUAUAACUUCGACCUCGACGAAGGUAUGCGAAAAAUGGAUAUGGAGAAGCAGGCGUUUGCUGCUGGGGACUAUAAGGGCGGUUCGCUACGGGAAGCAUGCCAGCUUUUGCACAUGCUGACGACGUGGCGGUCAAUGGCGACGAUGGGGAUCUUUUGCAUCGCUGGGGUCCUCUUGGCAAUCCGUGUGAUCGGUAUACCUCAGGUAUGGCGAACGUGACACUCAUAUCUAUUCUUCAUGCGAGGACUCUUUUGUUGCGAAAUCCUGUCUGCUGCUCGGAUGCUAUGGCAAUGAAGAGCGAGGCCGGUUUGUCUAUUCCCUCCCAAACCAAAUCUGGGUAUCUUUUAUCUAUGAACUCGUAAUUUUGCCAUUAUGCAAUACCCUAUCGUCACUAGUAUUCCCGAGAUGAUGUAUUUAUUUAUUGAUGUCAUGAUCAUUGUCGUUUCUCCGUGUCGUUUGUUUUGGGCU